AUGGAGCACCGCGGCGCCUCCCCGCUCCUCCUCGCCCUCGCCCUCCUCAGCGCCCUCUGCUGGCGGGCGCGGGCGCUGCCCCCGCGGGGGGCCGCCUUCCCCCCGGUCCCACGAUUGGGAAACAGAAUGCCAUUUGAUGGAGCCAGUGAACCUGACCAUGCCCACGGGUCAUUAAAGUCUGAAUCAGACAUUUUGCAGAACACACUACCUGAAAAUGAGAAGUUCUAUUUUGAUCUGUCCAGAAUUAUUGACAGAAAUGCAAGGCAUGCUGAUGGAAUUUUCACCAGUGUCUACAGCCAUCUUUUGGCUAAACUUGCUGUGAAGAGAUAUCUGCAUUCGCUUAUUAGAAAACGAGUUAGUUCCCAGGACAGUCCUGUCAAACGCCACUCUGACGCUGUCUUCACUGACAACUACAGCCGCUUUCGAAAGCAAAUGGCUGUGAAGAAAUACUUAAACUCUGUUUUAACUGGAAAAAGAAGCCAGGAAGAGCUAAACCCUGCUAAACUUCGAGAUGAAGCAGAACUUCUUGAACCUUCCUUUUCAGAAAACUAUGAUUCUGUAGAUGAGCUGUUGAGCCACCUCCCACUGGACCUCUGA